UGCCCCAGGAAACGUUUGUUAUUAAUUUGACAUAUGUACUGUAAUCGACAUUAAUAAUGAAAUCGAAGAUUGAGUUUUUAAUUUAUAUGUCAGUGCACAUUUUGUUACAAGUACACCAGAACUGCGUUUGCCAAAUAUGUAUGAAAUGGACUGUAGAUAGACGACUGCUAACACUGACAUGUAAAGUACAUCGAAUGGUGUUCUCAGUUUCAUUCCAUGAUCCCUUAAAUCAGGAAGUUGCAUACUGCUCUCCACCGAUUCCAACCCAAACUUGUUUUAGUCAUUAUGGGAAUGGAAGUGUUUAUCAACAAUUGUCAACAAACGAAACAGUUUUUGUUCUUCGAGGGAAGAUAAACAAUAAAAUUAAUGGAAACUGGUCAUGUCUCCAUGGUGCAUCGAAGGAUAGAACUAGUAUUGGUAUCCAUUUAACAGGAGAAACAGAUGAGAUUUCUUUGAGCAGUGUCAACAUAAGUGGACCAAAAUACAUACACAAAAACAGUAAAAUGGACCUACUUUGCAUUUCUCAAAAAAUACCCGUUGGAUUAAGAGCAAAUUUCAUUUUAAAUGAAAAUCCAUAUACAACGAUCAUUAAGGUCGGAGAUAAUUGUUAUUCAUCUCCAAACAUAUCAUUCUGCACCAAAGGAAAGUGCAAAUGUUCAAAUGAAGGACGAUCGUAUAUGUGGAUGUAUCAUAAUUUUUAUCAUGAGACAACGAUUACUGUUAUGUGCAACAUGGAAUUUGCUUCUGUCGGCGUAAUUGGAGACUGUGUGUUUGUUGAUACUCUUGAUGAGAAAAGAACUGAGCAAACAUCAAACUCUUUCCCUCUGAUAGCAUCAACUGUCCAUGAUCGUUAUCGCAAGUGGAAUAGUACAGAAAACUAUGACGAAAUGAACACACAGGAAAACGACACUGAAAAUGUAAGAUAUGGCAUCAGAUGGAAUCUAUUUCUAAAUACGGAAUUGCUAGUUUGGAUAUCGACAGGAGUCGUUGGAUUCAUUACUAUAACUGUUCUUAUAGUAUUGUUAGCAAGAAGAUUUUCCCAUGGAGGAUUUACCAUAGGACAAAAUAGCACCGAGAGGGAAAUUUAUUAUGAAGCACAGCCAAUAGAAAAUCAACGAAUUUACGACAUAGUGUUACCCCACUACGAAGAAAUUAGCGACAUGCAUAUAAGGGAGGAUGCAGAAGAAAAUGAAGGAUACGAUGAAAUUGACAAAGAGAGUACAGAAGAGGAGCAGUAUGAAACGCCUCAUAAUUACAUAGAAAUUGUGUAGCAACAAUGUAAUUUUGUGAAGGGAAAAACAGCUAAGGGGAACUUUAAUUUUGUACGUGAUGCUAAACAGAAAGACAGUUUUAAAGAGUGGUAUUGGUGGGUUUAUUUUAUAAACUAAGUACUGAAUUAUUUGCGAUGUUCUGAAAAUUUCAAUUAGGUGUAAUACAAGCUCCUGUUUUAUGAAUUAGUAUACUAGGGUUAAUUAACUUAUGGUUAAGUCAUUAACUUCCUAAAGUACUAUAUACAUUGUAUUUAUAACUAGGGUAAUUGUCUAU